AUGAUUCCGCAAGGGUUGCUACUUGCCGUGUUUGCUAUCACGUCGGUUUUUAUGAUAACUUCACUGCAUCACAUAGAAGAAGGACAUGUUGGAGUGUAUUUCCGGGGUGGUGCGCUUCUUACAAAAGUUAGUGCUCCCGGCUACCACUUGAUGAUUCCAUUCGUGACUUCAUAUAAAAGUGUUCAGGUCACAUUGCAAACUGAUGAAGCAAAAAACGUACCGUGUGGUACAAGUGGCGGUGUUAUGAUAUAUUUCGACAGAAUAGAGGUUGUCAACAUCCUUAGUGCUAGUAGCGUAUACGACAUUGUUAAAAACUACACAGUGGAUUAUGACAAACCGCUCAUCUUCAAUAAGGUCCACCACGAGGUCAAUCAGUUCUGUUCGAGUCAUUCGCUUCAGGAAGUCUACAUCGACCUGUUCGAUCAGAUUGAUGAAAACUUAAAGACAGCACUCCAAGAAGACCUUACAGUAAUGGCUCCCGGAUUGUUUGUUCAGGCAGUUAGAGUUACAAAACCCAAAAUACCUGAAGCGAUUCGACACAACUACGAACAAAUGGAAGCCGAAAAGACGAAACUACUUGUUGCCACCCAACAUCAGAAAGUUGUCGAAAAGGAAGCUGAAACUGAGCGGAAGAAGGCUGUUAUAGAAGCGGAGAAGAAGGCACAAGUGGCCGCAAUCAUGCACAAGCAAACAAUUGCUGAAAAAGAAACACAGAAGAAAAUCAGCCAACUCGAAGACGAGAGUCACCUGGCAUCUCAGAAAGCCAAGGCAGACGCUGAGUUUUACAGGGCCCAGAAAGAAGCUGAGGCAAACCGAAUACUACUCACACCGGAAUAUUUGGAACUCAAGCGAAUAGAAGCUAUUGCACAAAAUAAUAAAAUUUUCUAUGGACAAGAUAUUCCUAGCGCUUUCUUCCAUUCCGAAGCUGCUGGUGCACAGAACGUUGCUAGAACUCAUUCAAAAGAUGCUCAUUAA